AUGGCGCCCCCCGCGUCGGCGCCGGCCCACCUCGCGCGCCUCCUCGUGCUCGGCGUCGCCUUCCACGCCGUCUACGUGCGCAGCAUCUUCGACCUCUACUUCACGUCGCCCGUCGUGCCGCACGUCCCCAGCGUCGCGUACACCGCUGCGCCACCGGCUGCGCGCGUCGUCGUGUUUGUCGCCGACGGGUGCCGCGCCGACCGGUUGUUCGAAGGGACGCCCCCGCGCGCCCCGUUUUUGCGCGCAAUUGUUCAGCAGACGGGCAGCUACGGCGUGUCGCACACGCGCGUGCCCACCGAGAGUCGGCCCGGCCACGUGGCGCUCUUUGCCGGCAUGUACGAAGACGUGAGCGCCGUGACAAGGGGCUGGACGGACAAUCCCGUGGACUUUGACUCGGUGUUUAACCAGAGCCGCGCGGCGUUUCUCUUUGGCAGUCCCGACAUUGUCCCUAUGUUUGCCCGCCACGUGCCGCACGCGGUCGAAGCGCACUAUGCGGCCGACGCUGAAGACUUUGCCGCAGGGGACGCGUCGGCGCUCGACACGUGGGUAGUUGCGCAGCUCGAGGCGCUCUUGACGCGCGCACAGAGCGGCGAAGACAAUGCAGAGCUCGCACGGACGCUGCAUGGACCCGGUGUAGUGGUGUUUUGCCACUUGUUGGGCAUUGACUCGAACGGCCACAGCCAUCGACCGCAGUCGAAGGCGUAUUUGGAUAAUAUUGUGCUCGUGGAUACGCUCGUGGAACAGGUACAGGAGACGGUCGAAGCUUUUUAUGCACGCGAUGGACGCACGGCGUACGUGUUUACUGCAGACCACGGCAUGGGGUCGAAAGGGGCACAUGGCGAUGGCGAUCCCGCGAACACGCGGACGCCGUUGAUUGUGUGGGGCGCAGGCGUGCAGGGACCACAGGAGGUUGCAACGCCGACGAGCAGGUUUGAGAUGGAUCUGCCGACCCAGUCGCGGGCACAAGUGCAAGCGCAGUUGCAGGCACAAGACGAGCAAGAGCAGGCAGCACGGGAGGAAUGGGGAGACCUUGUUCGAUUUGUGAGGAAAGACGUGAUGCAGGCCGAUGUGGCACCGCUGAUAAGUGCACUGCUCGGCCUGCCGUACCCACGCAAUUCGGUAGGAGUGCUGCCGUUUUCGUAUUUGACCAAGGGAGCGUACCGGUCCAAUGCCGUCAAGUCGAACGCGCAGCAGCUGUAUUUGCAUGCUUUGCGAAAAGAACAGGAGAAACAGUCGCGCACAUUGUUGCGCUACGUACCGUACGGUCCGUUUCGUGACCGUGUUCCCGGGCUCUUGCAGCAGCUUGCAGAUGCUUACGACGUCGGUGUUGCAAACGAAGACGACGAUGAAGCUGCUGCGCAGGUGGAGAUCUUGAGCCAGGAACUGAUUGAGAUAUGUCUGGCUACUUUGGACUAUUUCCAGCGGUAUGACUGGUUCUUCUUGCUCAGCGUGAUUGUUUCAGGAUACGUGGGAUGGAUCAUUGUACUAAGUAUCGCCUACCUGCACCCGCGCGAGUUUACGCUGAAAUGGCUGCUGGGUGUGACUGGCAAACAGCCGGACAUGAAACUAGUUGUUCUCGUAUUUGCAGCUUUCGUGUACCUGGCCCUUGAGGGGUCACCUGCGACAUACUAUCUGUACAUAUUGUUUCCUCUGAUCUUCGGAGUGUUUGCAUGGAAUCACGUUGGUUUGGUACAAGAAGUGUGGACUUCCAACGCAAAAGAUGGCGCAACAUGGUCGAGCUGGAAGCGAUUUGCAGAGAUUGCGCUGAUCAUGCUGUGUCUCGAACUUGUUGUUGCGGGGUAUGAACGCCGCGAGAUUUUUGGUGUCCUCUUCGCACUACUCGCAGUAUGGCCUUACGUCGGAGAAAAACAAGUAAGUGUAGAUGAGGAUCAUUGUAACGACCAAAGCAGAUGGAUAAGCUGCUUCCCGUUGCCGAGCCGCUGUUGGUCAAUCAGCUGUUUGUCCAUAUCGGUGUUCCCAUUUUUACCCAGCGAGUAUGGCGAGCACACUUUUUUGGUCCACAUGGGAGGCUUGUUGUUGCUGCUAUUCACUGCCAUGGUGCUGGGCAUGGCAGAGCCCGAUCGACACAAGUCGUGGACGAACACUUCGUUUGCUGUUAGCGCUACUCCUGUCAUACUCUCACUGGUGACUUUGCACGCCACUAUGCAGUAUCUGGACGGUGACCGAAGCAAGCCGCCAUUCUUGCUGACGGUAGCAAAUUGGCUUCUGUCUGGCGUUCCUAUCGCGAUGCUGCUGAUUAGACUACGAUGGAGAACAGAAGGUGCGACUCGAGCUAUGGGUACUGAAUCUGGUCGUCACAACCAGCAGUUGCUCCUCCAGGCUGACGUUGGCCGGUACCUAAGACGACUUGUCGAGGUGAUGCUAGCGUUCGCGCCUUCGUUCAUUCUGCUGAGCAUCGCGUACGAAGUGCUGUUUUACGCGGUGUUGUGCUGUGUUCUCGUGAGCUGGUUGCUGUUAGAGGCUCAAGCGUCGCUACAAUGUUCGUCUUCCAUGUGGCGCGAGGUGCAGCGUGCGUUUGUGUUCCUGCUGCUGAUCAAGAUCGCCUUCUUUGGUACGGGCAACGUGGCGAGUAUGAGCAGCUUCGAGAUCUCGUCUACCUACCGAUACGUGACGGUGUUUGCACCCUUCAUUAUGGGUGCGCUAUUGGUAGGCAAGAUCCUCAUUCCGUUUGUGGUGGUGGCUUGCACCUUUCACAUGAUUUUGCUCCUUCCCGCACCGUCGCGGCCAUCUGACGCGCAGAAGCCCCGCUUGCCUGCAACGCGUUACUUCCUGCUCGUUGUGGCCAUGUCGGACGUGCUCGCCCUCCACUUUCUCUUUCUCGUCAAGAACGAAGGCAGCUGGAAGGAGAUUGGGAACUCCAUCUCAAUGUUUGGCAUCGUGAACGCCCAGAUCGUGUUUGUCCCGCUGCUGUUCCUGUUGGCUGGUGUAUUCGUCCGCAAUCUGGCACCAUUUUCUGACGCCGUCCAUCAUGACAAAGCGUAUUGA